AUGGCUUUUGUCACAUUCACUGUGUUCUGGUUGCCGCGACAAAAGGCCACGCCCAGAUUGCCAUAUGCCACACCCGGUGGGCGUGCGGCGAUCCUGCAGGAAAACUCCUGCGUGUGCCGUUCUACUCUGCAAACCGGUUUUCAUGUCAAACUACCAAUAUUUAACUGCAGCAAACUAGCCAAUAUUCAACUGACAAGGCUUCGCGAAAAGAAAAAGGAAACCGUUCCAGCGCCGUAUCUCUCGAUCUCCAAGUACCUGACAAUUAAUGUGUUAAAUGCGUGCGAAUGGGCCAUUAGCCUAAUGGGCGUCAAGCGGCCCUUCCUGACGAAUUCUUCUGCCGGAUAUCGUGAGGGCUACCAGUCGGACGCGAUGGCCUCUCGCGAGCACACGCGCUGGACCCUGGCUGUGGCGUUGGCUCUCGCGCUGCCCUCAGGGGGCUGCGUGCCCGCGACGGUCCUGGGGGAGCGCGGCGCGUCCCUGUGCGCGUCCCUGCCGGGCCCCGCCCUCCUCGACCUCCUCGGGGGCAGCGUGACGGCGUGCGCCCUCGUCCGACCCGGCGAAGGCGCCGAAGGGGCGUUCCUGCGCUUCAGCAGCAACGCGACGCGCUUCACAGCAUGUUUUUCAAGGUAUGGAAUUUUCAAUGCAUUAAAGAGUUACUGUAUGUUUCAUGAAGCCAUAGCAUCUUCACGGUUCAUGGUGGAAGCAGCUGGGAGGUCGUACGAUCUGGGCCGCGUCGAUGCAGCCUCAUGGAACCAGCUGUGUUUCAGCUACGACUCAGAGGCGCAGGGAAUUAUCGAAGGGGCACCGGUGGAAAGUAGGGAGAAUGUUAGCCAAGCUGAGCAAUCGGAGCCGGAGUUCUGCUUGGGCUCACCUCAGGAAAGCCCACCUUCACUUGCUAGCUUCAUCGCUGUUGUUUCCAUCUCUGCUGGGCUGCCUGAUGAUCUCUCAAACAGCACCAGCAACUGCUCCAGCCUCGUCAGCAGCAGUGACCUGCUGGCCAUCAAUUCCUCUUGGUCUAGACGUGGCAACGUAUUGGCUGUGGACUUCACGGAGGAGGAACUGUGCUCCAGAUCCUCUCAGAAUUUGCUGCUGCUGAAUCCUGGAAAUCAUAACGAGUCGCGUGAUCUUUGCAAAGCAUUUGGCGGAUCUUUGCCUACAGAGGAGCACGUCCUGGAAGGUCUAAUAAACGUCGCGGAGAACUUGCCAAAGAAUGGCUCCCUCAGUGGCUCCUCAGAGGAGAAGUCUGUGUCAUGGAUAUUCACCCAACCCUCAGGCGUUCAUGAUCUGGCGGCUGAAUGCUUCACUCUGCUCACCAACGGGAGCGUCGGGUCACGACCUUGCGUCAGCGAGCUAGAGUUUAGCAUUUGCAGAAAGCCUACUUGGGUCCGCUACACUCUCUAUGGUGACAUCGGCCACUUUGACAGGUAUUACUUUCUGAAGAUGUUACCCGAAGGAAGGUUUUAUUUCGAAGGAAUUCAGACAUCCAACAUCUCCGAAGAAGGAGCCACAUGGCACCUACGGUCCCACUUGCACCGCAGGACGUGGAGACUGGCGGCUCACGGUGCCCUGCCACUGGGUCGACGCGUGUGGCACUAUGGCAGCAAGAACGCGACUUUGACACUGACGUCGUGCUCUGUGCUGCAGUUCUCCACCAACGACGGCCUGUGUAUUCCAAGAAGUCAGAGGUGCGACGGAAAGAAGGACUUGGCUGACGGCAGUGACGAAAGGCGAUGUCGUGAGCGGCUGGUGGAGAAGCAGACAGACUACGACUCCUCAGUACCACCUACUAAUGGAACUAAUGCACAAGGCGACGUUUUCUUUAAUUACGACAUGUUCAAUAUUAAUAAUAUCAAAAGCGAAAAGGGGGAUGCUCUCCUUGAUAUAGGCUUUGACCUUCAAUGGCAAGACCAUCGCGUGACGCUGUGGGAUGUGGGGUCGACUCCAGUCAGCUUCUCGUGUGAAGACAUCUGGUACCCGAAGAUUGGGAUAGUAGCUGGCUAUAAGAAGGGCGCCGCCAUUGACGUAGAGUGCUACAGCACGUCCUGUUACGUCCAAAAGAACAAAGAAAGCUCAGAACAGCUGGACCUCAGCGAUCCGCUAAUGGGGAGAUCUUUACCCGGGUGGAAGCAGAACCUGAGUCUGUACUCCGAGUGCCGCGUGGCCCUGCCCUGCAACUUCCAGUUCCACCGCUUCCCCUUCGGCUCCCACGUGUGUAACGGGACCUUCUACUUCCUCAAGGCUUCCAUCGAGAUGUCGUGGAGGAGGAAAGCCGCAGUGGACGUCGCUAGAUAUAAAGGCGACUUAAACCUCCUCGACUUCCGUCUUAUCAACAUCACAAGCGAAACCGCCAUCACUCCAAUAUCGAACGGCAGGGAAGUGACUUUCCUGGUCAUCAGCCUUCACCUGCAGAGCCUGUUCGACUACCACCUGUUGAACAGCUUCGCCCCGAGCGCCCUCAUGUUCAUCAUCUGCUAUGCCACGCUCUUCAUCCCCAUCAGCGACUUCAACGAGAGGAUCAUGGUGUCCCUCACUGCCAUGCUGGUGCUGGCGGCGCUCUUCUCGCAGGCCACCGACUCCUACGUGAAGACGCCCUACUUUAAGCUCAUAGACAUCUGGUACGCCACCAUCAUCGCCCUCUGCUUCAUCAUCGUCCUCGUCAACUUGGGCGUGAAUCGAGUCCGGCUUCAUGGCUGCAGUCAGCAACUCAGCAUUGAGAGUGAGUGUGAAAACCUGAAAAUUGCACCGAAAGGGAGAGGCAAAGUGAACAUGAUUAAUAUGAUUUGUAAGAUACUUAUUAUUCUAGUCUUUGUUAUGUUUGUGGGAGUAUUUAUCAUGUUUGCAGCUGAGGUUGUUUAACAGCUGCCUGCGUGGACUUCCCUUGUUGGUUAACUCCUUGCCAGAGAAUGAGCAUUCACGAGUGUGGAAGGGAAAGUUCUAAACCGAAUAUAGGCCAAUCAAUCCAUUAAUUAAUAUCAGCUCAUCAUUCGACAAGACUGAACAGCAUCUACGAGCCACAACAAACGAAUGAAGAAGGCAAGCAAAGCCUGAGCUCUGCAUUCACCACCACAGGCAAGCCUUGACAGCGAAAAUGGUUAGGGUUUCCAAUGGUAUUUCUUGUACCAUAAUAUCAUUGUCUUUAUGUAAUCACUAUUUUAUCUGUAUUUUAUCCUCCAUUCCUAACUCCUACAUUCUAGCACCCACUCAAUUCUCUUCCCCCUUCUUUAUCUCCCUUCUUCAUUUCCGUCAAAUCUACCC